UUUAUGUUACUCACCAUUUAAAAUCAGGGCUACUUUGUUAUAGCUCAGUUUACAGUAACAUCACAAUCAGGACGAGGUUGUUUAAUAGCGCUGCACCAGACUCCCUUGGCAAUGUGUGUAAUAUGUCAGCUCCUAUCUGUUUUAAGAAGAGUUCAACUAAUUCACCUUCUCAACUAAAACCGGUGAUACACCAACAGAGUUUACUUUCACUUUUAGUGUAGGGGAGGGUUCCCGCCAAAAGGUCCGUAUGUGACGACGGUCCAUUUACAUCAGGAGGGGAAAUCAUUUUCACCAUGGCUCCUGCACUCCACAACUACCUGUUUAUUCAGCUAAUAGUCCUCCCUGAAGGGCUCUCUCAUCUGGUGAGAACACAGCAGGUUGUCACAGCAACCCUGGGAGAAGAUGCUGUCUUAACCUGUGAGCUCAUGACACUCAAAGAUGUGAGGCAAGUCACCUGGCAAAAAGAGACACCUGGGGUGAAUGAAAAUGUGGCCACUUACAGCAAACGCGGUUCCCAUGUCAACCCACCUUUUCAGAGGAACGUGGAGUUUGAAGACGAGGGUCUGCAGAACUGCUCUAUCGUCAUCAGAGGAGUGUCAAGAGGAGACGAGUCCUGCUACAAGUGUCUGUUUAACACCUUUCCAGAGGGACCUAUCAGCGGAAGGACCUGUCUCAAAGUCAAUGAGCUGUAUGGACCCUCACUCCUCAUCACACAAACCAACAACAGUCACACCACUCUGUCCUGUUCUGCUACUGGACGACCUGUUCCUACAGUAACCUGGGACAACACAGACAUUCUAGAAAAUUCCACAAUGGCCAAUGUCACCCAUCUCAAUGGAACUGUCACGGUCACCAUAACUUCUACGCUGGCAGCAUUCAGUCUACCUGACAAAGACACCAGGGUUGGCUGUAUGGUGUCACUGUUCUCUGGAGGUGUCACCAAGAACGUAUCCAUGGUUAUUCCAGCUAGAACUCAAGCUUCAUUUCCUGGUGUACCUGGGGUCACUGAUGGUGACAGGAUCAGAGGGAUUGGUGCAGUGAUGAUUUCACUGUGUUUCAUUGCUGUGUGCUGUGGAGCUGCUGUGGCACUGUGGUGCAAACUGAGAAAUACAACAAGAAGCCCAAAUCCCACAGCCAAUGACAGAGAACAGGAAGAACCAUCAACACUCAACCCUCAACAUGAUGACUCUGAAACAAGUAAACAGUGUUUGUACUUACUGUAGGUAAUAGAUUAGAAAACAUUGAAUUGCUUUUCAGUAUCAAAUAUCCUCCCUGGAGAAUAUGUAACUGUAAAUACCCACAAAGCCGUUAUAUCAGUACACUACUACAACAUGAUCUGACUCUGGUCAGUAUCAUUGAUGUUAAUAUCUUUCAGGACCACAACAAUAUCCAGUACAUUCUAAAUGUGUUAGUACAACCUUAUUGGAUCAUCCUGGUAGAGUGGUAGUCAUGACUGCAUACAUGCAAAUGAGUUGCAUUGCUGCAUUGUUGUUCCAGUAUGUUAUUUGUAUUUUGUAUUUAUAAGGGAACCCCAUUAGCUGCUACUCUUGCUGGGUCCAAACAUAUUACAGUACUUACAUUACAUAUAAAACAGUACAUCAUAAAACAUUAUUACACCACUACAUCUCUACAAUACAACAUGUUUAAUACCACCAUACAACAAUAUCACAAUGUUUACACAUGCAUGUGUCUGUACCUUUGUAUGUCUUCACAGUCCCCGUUGUUCCAAAAGGUGUAUUUUUACCUGUUUUAAAAGAAUCUGAUUCUACUGCUUGUAUUACAUGAUGUGGAAUAGAGUUCCAUGUAGUCAUGGCUAAACUAGGGCCUGUAGGACCUGCCUUGUUGAUAGUGUUGUUAAGAAGGUAGAAACUAGGGCCUGUAGGACCUGCCUUGUUGAUAGUGUUGUUAAGAAGGUAGAAACUAGGGCCUGUAGGACCUGCCUUGUUGAUAGGGUUGUUAAGAAGGUAGAAACUGGGGCCUGUAGGACCUGCCUUGUUGAUAGUGUUGUUAAGAAGGUAGAAACCAUGGCCUGUAGGACCUGCCUUGUUGAUAGUGUUGUUAAGAAGGUAGAAACUAGGGCCUGUAGGACCUGCCUUGUUGAUAGUGUUGUUAAGAAGGUAGAAACCAUGGCCUGUAGGACCUGCCUUGUUGAUAGUGUUGUUAAGAAGGUAGAAACUAGGGCCUGUAGGACCUGCCUUGUUGAUAGGGUUGUUAAGAAGGUAGAAACUGGGGCCUGUAGGACCUGCCUUGUUGAUAGUGUUGUUAAGAAGGUAGAAACUAGGGCCUGUAGGACUUGCCUUGUUGAUAGUGUUGUUAAGAAGGUAGAAACGGGGGCCUGUAGGACCUGCCUUGUUGAUAGUGUUGUUAAGAAGGUAGAAACUAGGGCCUGUAGGACCUGCCUUGUUGAUAGUGUUGUUAAGAAGGUAGAAACUGGGGCCUGUAGGACCUGCCUUGUUGAUAGUGUUGUUAAGAUGGUAGAAACUAGGGCCUGUAGGACCUGCCUUGUUGAUAGUGUUGUUAUGAAGGUAGAAACUAUGGCCUGUAGGACCUGCCUUGUUGAUAGUGAUGUUAUGAAGGUAGAGCAGUGCUUUAUUAUGGACAGACUUCUCCCAUCUUAGCUACUGUUGUAUCAAUAUGUUUUGACCAUGACAGUUUACAAUCCAGGGUAACUCCUAGCAGUUUAGUCACCUUAACUUGCUCAAUUUACACAUUAUUCAUUACAAGAUUUAAUUGAGGUUUAGGGUUUAGUGAAUGAUUUGUCCCAAAUACAAUGCUUUUAGUUUUGGAAAUAUUUAGGACUAACUUAUUCCUUGCCACCCUAUCCGAAACUAACCGCAGCUCUUUGUUGUAUAGUGUUGAGUCAUCCGCAUACAUAGACACACUGGCUUUACUCAAACAGCUGCCCUGGGGAAUUCCUGAUUCUACCUGGAUUAUGUUUGAGAGGCUUCCAUUAAAUAACACCCUCUGUGUUCUGUUAGACAAUCAACUCUUUAUCCACAUUAUAGUAGGGGGUGUAAAGCCAUAAUACAUAUGUUUUUCCAGCAGCAGACUGAACGAUAAUGUCAAAAGCUGCACUGAAGUCUAACAAAACAGCCCCCAUUAUCAUUUUAUCAUAAAUUUCUCUCAGCCGCCUCCCAGGUUACGCAGUGGUUAUUGGCCUAGCGUUGUCCGGGUUAGGGAGGGUUUGGCCGGUAGGGAAAUCCUUGUCUCAUCGCACACCGGCGCACACGGCGCAGUGCGCGCUAACCAAGGUUGCCAGGUGCACAGUGUUUCCUCUGACACAUUGGUGGGGCUGGUUCCGGGGUGGAUGGCGCUGUGUUAAGAAGCAGUGUGGCUUGGUUGGGUUGUGUAUCGGAGGACGCAUGACUUUCAACCUUCGUCUCUGCCGAGCCUGUACCGGAGGUGUAGCGAUGAGACAAGAUAGUAGCUACUAAAAUAAGUGGAUACCACGAAAUUGGGGAGAAAAGGGGGUAAAAUUUAAAAACAAACAAAAAAACAAUUAUCUCAGCCAAUCAUCAUUCAUUUAUGUCAGUGCUGUGCUUGUUGAGUGUCCUUCCCUAUAAGCGUGCUGGAAGUCUGUUGUCAAUUUGUUCACUGUGAAAUUGCACUCUAUCUGGUCAAAUAUAUAUUUUUUCUAGAAGUUUACUAAGGGUUGAUAACAGGCUGAUUGGUUGGCUAUUCGAGCCAGUUAAGGGGGCUUUACUACUCUUGUGUAGUGGAAUGACUGUAGCUUCCCUCCAGGCCUGAGGGCACACACUUUCUAAUAGGCUUAAAUUGAAGAUGUGGCAUUAUCACCGACUAUUAUCCUCAGUAAUUUUCCAUCCAGAUUGUCAGACCCAGGUGACUUGUCAUUGUUGAUAGACAACAAUCAUUUUUUCACCUCUUCCAAACUGACAUUACGGAAUUCAAAAGUACUAUUCUUGUCUUUCAUCAUGUGGUCAGAUAUACUUGGAUGUGUAGUGUCAGCGUUUGCUGCUGGCCUGUCACACAUACGUUUGCUUAUCUUGCCAAUGAAAAAGUCAUUAAAGUAGUUGGCAAUAUCAGUUGGUUUUGGGAUGAAUGAGCCAUCCGAUUCAUUGAAUGAUGGAGCUGAGUUUGCCUUUUUUCACAAUAUUUAAUUUAAGGUGCUCCAAAGCCUUUUACUAGGAGUCUUUCUAUAAUUUAUUUUUGUUUCAUAGUGUAGUUUUAUUUCAUUUAGUCAUGAUUUCUUCAUUUGAAAUACGUUUGCCAAUCAGUUGGGCUGCCAGAUUAAUUGCCAUACCUUUUGCCUCAUCCCUCUCACCCAUACAAUUUUUCAAUUCCUCAUCAAUCCACAGGGAUUUAACAGUUUUUACAGUCAUUUUCUUAAUGGGUGCAUACUAAUUAGUAACUGGAAUAAGCAAUUUCAUAAAUGUGUCAAGUGCCGUGUCUGGUUGCUCCUCAUUACACAUCAAAGACCAGCAAAUAUAAUUUACCUCAUCAACAUAUGACUCACUAUAAAACUUCUUGUAUGACCUCUUAUACACUAUAUUAGGCUCAGCCGUUGGAACUAUUCUAAAAUGGGUUAAAUAAAAGUGUAAUGAUCACUUUAAUGGUACUGUAUUUCAAACUCUCUGGUCAGUUAUGUUUGUUUUAGACCAUAGCUGUCAAUACUUGACCAUUUUACUUUUUUUUAAAUGAGAACUUGAGUGACUACUAUACUGUCUCAAACACAUCUGUGUGGUUCAAAGACUGUUUCUAUCGAUAGGCAUUGUGGGUACUGAAUAGUGGACUGAAUGGCUGACACACAGGCCUGCUGUUUAUUUUAUACUUAAAUACAGUCUGUAUGUAAAUAUGUUUUGUAGUUGGUUAAUGAUGACACAUGAUGAAUCCAAACUAGACUUAUGUGUGGUUUUUAUUCUUUACUGGGGGUUUUAUAAAUCAAAUGUUAGGUACUUUCAUGGUGUGGGUGGUUUUCUUAAUUCUUAACUUUUUUAAAUCAAAUGCUGUAAGAUACACAAUGUUGUAAUAUACUUUGUGUGUGUUUUUGUUUUCUACUUUUAUAAAUAAAAUGUUUAAACAAUG